AUCUCAACGUGAGUUUGUUUCGCUGGCAUCGGGCUCGUUGCUUGAUUGCUGUUCACUCACUCACAUUGGAUUAGAGUUCAUCUCACCGAGUUUUGUCGACGGGGAGGAGUCGCGUGGCGCCCAAUAACCCACACACGGACAUCUCGACUUCACAAACACCUUCCCCGGUCAUUUAGGACUAAUAAGGACAAAAGGACGGAGGAGUUUCACCGUGGGAAUGACGGAGCCGCAGACAAACGCUUGGCACUAAUCUCGGCCAAUGACUGACACAUAAAGCAAUCUUAUAACUGGCUGGCGUUGAGAGCAGCCCGAGGACCGAGGCUUGCGUCUCGAAAGGAUUCAGCUCUGAAUGCUUGCAUAUCUCAGGGUAUAUUGUGUGCAUGCGUGUAGUUUUAAUGUAACGUUAGCUAUCCAAACAAUAGGCAGUUUGAAGAGGGGAAGUAGAAGCUUGUAAUACACGCUUAUCUUGUAGGCAUAGGAAAGCUGAACUCCUGUUUUAUACAGCUGGACGAUUCUGAAGCGUUUUAAAUAAUUAGCUCUUUACCGAGCCACCUUGAAUGAUUAAACCCCUCGUUUUACUUAACAAGUAGCUUUCGGUUUCUCUCCAGGGACUGCAGGCGCUUGUUAGUCGUUUUUAGCUCCAUAUCUCUACGGAUUUUCCCGGGAAGAGCAGCUUUCUGUGUGACUUUUUAGUCUAAUGAUAUUGUUUAAGCACUGGCAGAAGUUUUAAAGCUCCUGCUUUAGUUUCUCUCGGCUCGGAGUGUUAUUGUCAUAAAGAUUAUGGCAGCCGUUGUGAAUUACUCUCCUCCGUGGUGGGUUAACCUUCUCCACAGACUGCCUCACUUUAAUCUGCAAUUUGAACAAACCAGCAGUGAUUUUCGACCGGAGGACUCGUCAUACCAGCAGUCUAUCCUGCUGCUGGGCAGUGUAGCUGUGGCAUGCUUGGCCUUGGACCUCCUCUUCCUCCUCAUCUACUCCUGCUGGCUGUGCUGCCGUCGUAAGAAGAGCGACGAGCAGCCAAACGCAGACUGCUGCUGCACCGCCUGGUGCGUCAUCAUUGCCACCCUCGUCUGCAGCGCUGGCAUUGCUGUUGGUUUCUACGGGAAUGGCGAAACCUGUGAUGGUGUGAAUCGGUUUACUUACGCCCUCCGACAUGCUAAUCGCACCGUGUCAGGAGUGGACAGACUGGUGUCAGAAAGUACAUCAGCUCAGAGCCAGACUGUGGACGAGAACAUUCGGCUACUAAGGGACCAGUAUGCAAAGCACACAGACUACCGGUCCAUCAUACAGAAACUCCAGGAUCAGCGGCAUGAGCUGGUUCGUCAGAUGACUGCCAUUCCCUUUUCGAGCAAUCUCAGCAUCUCCCUGGAGGAUCUGGCAACCCAGAUUGAACUGUAUGACUGGUACAGGUGGCUGGGCUACCUGGGUCUACUGCUGUUUGAUGUGCUCAUUUGCCUGCUGGUGCUCUUCGGCCUUAUCCGCAACUCCAAAGGAAUUCUGAUUGGGGUGUGUUUUCUGGGUGUGUUGGCGCUGGUAAUCAGCUGGGGCUCACUGGGUCUGGAACUGGCUGUCUCCUCGGGCUUCAGUGAUUUCUGUGCAGCACCUGACAUGUACAUGACUGAGGUGUCAGAGCAGUAUUUGCUUAUCAAGAAAGAUAUCCUGCAGUAUUACCUCACAUGUAACGUGGGUCAGGUCAACCCCUUCCAACAGAAGCUGUCAGGAAGUCACAAAGCACUGGUGGAAAUGCAGGAUGAUGUGUCAGAACUACUGCGCUCUGCAGUCCGGGAAUACCCCGAUACAAAGGGGAACCUUGAGCAAAUUCAGGGGGGGUUGAACACCACUGAAGUUGGACUGCACCAGCUCACUGCUCUUGUGGACUGCCGCAGUUUGCACAUGGAUUAUGUGCAGGCAUUGACUGGAGUGUGUUAUGAUGGACUGGAGGGUGUGAUCUACCUGGUGCUCUUCUCAUUCAUCACAGCUCUCAUGUUCACCUCUGUCAUCUGCAGUGUGCCACACACAUGGCAUGGCAAAAGGCCUGAUGAGGACAGUGAGGAGGAGUCCAUGGCUCAAGGAGGCAGACAGAAUCAUGAUAACCUGUACCGGGUGCACAUGCCCAGUCUCUACAGCUGCGGCAGCAGCUACGGCAGCGAGACCAGCAUCCCAGCAGGAGCACACACUGUCAGCAACGCUCCUGUUACUGAGUACAUGACCCAGAAUGCAAACUUCCAGAACCCUCGCUGUGAGAACACUCCUCUGAUCGGGAGAGAAUCUCCUCCUCCAUCUUACACAUCCAGCAUGAGGGCCAAGUACCUGGCCAACGCCCGGCCCGACCCCAGCAGCAGCACCUCAGCAAACUAGAGGAACACCGUCUUCUUUCCCUCCAGUCUAAAGCUCCCACUCACCCACAUGUUGUUCCCACAGCCCAGACCGGUUUCACCCCAGGCCCACCCAUCCAGUCAUGUUGAUCUUUGAUGCGUGCUCUCCAACCCAGCUGAUAAAAAAAACCGUCCUUGCAUCAUGUAAAUACUGCUGUCAGAGCAAUGUUCAGGAGGCCUCUUGUGCUGUUUCCAGAUGGCCGGUUCAGUUCAGGCAGCUAGUAGGGUUACUCUCAGCCCUGAGUGCUUAUUUGUGAGCAUCUGCAAUGAGUAUGAACUUCAUUACCUACAUUGUAGGUUUACAUUGUUGAUCCGUGCUGCCCUUGCUCAUUUGUGGUGCUCUUGCCAGAGGUUCAGAAAUGGUCCAAAACUGAAGAACUGGACUGGGUUUAACGCCCAUAACCCUACAUUCUUGCUUAGCCUCUGUCCUCUGAUCAUUUGAAGUAAUGUGACCUUAUCCAUUUGCAGGACCUACUGCCACAUCCCAACUCUACCGUUUACAUCAGUGGCAUCUACUGUAAUAUUACUGAACCGAUCUAAUCCGAGAGCAAUGAGAAUUUUCCCAGAAUUCAGUAAUUGGGUUCCACUUGUUUAGGCUAGCCAUUGAGUAUCAGUAUCAGUUGCAGUGAAUUAUGGAAGUGAGUGUACUUAUGUUCACUAUAGUUUCAGACACCAAAUAGUGCACUAUAUUUCAGACACAGCCCAAGUUUCUCUUCAAAAAGUUGCUUUUUCUUGACUCCAAUUGACCUUAAAGAUAAAAAUUUGACUGUGGAAGUUUAUUGGACAUGCUUGCUUUAGCCAACAUGUUGCGUUACGGAUUCCAAUGUAAUGCAUGAAAUCAAGCAAGAGUUAGCAUAGCUAGCUUUUGCAUUUCUGUACUUGUGUAUAGUAUGCUUCAGGCCUAAAUCUGUAGCAUACGCUGGUUUGAGGAGAAGAUAUUUUUGCAUUUUUCAUCUCAUUUAUAGGCUUGAGUUUUCAGUGAGAAAUUAUGGUUUGUAGAUGUUUACCUAUUGAAAUUCUUGUUGGGUUCUUCUCAGUACACAUGGACUGAAUUAAACCGACUGCUCAUUUAACUGUGCUGUAUCCACUGCCAUUACUGGAAAACCUGGACAAGCAGAGCUGGACAAACCAGCCUAACAAAGAGGAAGUUGAGGAAACCUCAUCAGAUUGUUGACCAAACGCUGAUGAUCUGGACAACCUCAAACUGCUUUUAUAUCCAAGUACUUUCAGUCUGAAUUCAGCAGAACUCUAAAGUUGCUUAGUCUGAUGCUGGGAUCACAUCUGAACAUUACAUUUGUCCUAAUACUGUACAAACAUGGAGACACUGGGACCAGCUUGGACAGUUUGUCAUCGCUUAUCUGUUCUAGGAAAGAAGCUGGGAGAAGUUCAUUGUAGUGUACACAAUGUAAACCUUAAUUUUGCUUAUCAGUUUAGUCCUCAGGAAAGGGGACACCAAUAGCAGGAAGCAAAGAAAUGGAAAGGAGCCGCAAGCCUCAGUUAAUAUUGCUGUAAUUCAGUGUGACUUUCAAAGCCCGCAAUUUCCUGGGCUUGUUGCUUCUGUACCACAAAUUGCUUUUAUUCCCAGAGUUGAGGGGAAACUUGCCAUCCCUGAAGAGGACAUAAAAGUGAUGUGCUGUCAUCCAGAAUAUUUUCCCCUUGAUGAGAGCACAGACACACAGGAGGCUGGCAUCUGAUCAGGGUGAACUCCCUUCCUCCUCAAAAGACCUCUCUCUGAUGUUACAGACCGAGUCUAGUAUGAACACGUCUCCCCUCUGAACCUUAUAAAGUGGUGCCAAUGUUCUCAUAUCUUGGGCAUCUUUGGUCCCACACACCUCAGGACUGACUGCCCUCAUUCUGCCAACAUCACAAUUUCAGCACACCACGUCCAGGUCAUAUCCUUACCAUUUCAGGGCUCAACAAAAUGCAUUCAAAAAUGGUGAAUUUUUUUUAUCCACAUGCUCUGAAUUCAUAACGAUAAAGGUUCAUAAUUCAUGAAGAAUAGAUAAAAGCAUUGGUCUGGUGGUUCAUUCUUAUUGUUGAGCCCUGAUUUCCAUCUCAUAGAGAUCUGUGUGUGGGCUCUGCAUGCAUGCAUGCUGUUCAAAUGCAGACUGAUAACAAAUGCUAAUGUGACAGCAUUGCUCCUGAGGUCCCAGACUUUUGUGAAAACAAGCAAGGACUUCAUGGGCAAGGGGUGUAUUAUGCGAACAAGAGCCUCGGAUUGUGUUCUUCAACUAUUAUUGGACCAUGUGAGUUCUUUUGCUUCUCAAAGGCAUGGUCGUCCUAGAAACAUGGAGGAGAACCAUGUUGUGUGCUACUGACGCUUGCAUUGGUUUCUCGAUUGAUGCUUUUGUGAUCAAUGAUGAGGUCCGUACGUCCUCAACUGUGCCAAUAAUGACAGCUUUCCUGUAUUUCUAAAUGUUACGCAUAUUUGAAGUGGACUCUCGUGAGCUCUGUGUGGCCUGUGCAGCCAGAUGAGACACCUGUGAACAUGAGCCUGACGUUGUGGGAAUAUUUUUCUUUUUCUCUGUAAAUGACCAUGUUAGUGAUGAUGCAAUCUCUGUUUUUAUGCCGCCUUUUACUCCUUUGGUAAUGUCAUACUGCAAAAAUAAUGUAUUUACAGUAUAUUGAACAAAUGUUUGCAAGAAAAUGCCCCAUUAAGGACAUUGUGAUGAUAUAGUACAAACAUGAAUUUUUUUUUUUCUUUUCUUUUUUCCAUAGUCCUCGUGGCAUAUUUUUAGACACAUUAGGAAGCACAAAAUAUUUCUCUUUCAUGCGAUUUAAUGAUUUUGUUCUUAUCAAGAUGUUUUUAUAUGACUUGACUGUAGGAAGAACUUUUUUCAGUUACUAAAAUAUUGUAAAUGUAAAACCUGUGGUUUUAUUGAGCUUGAACUGUGUUUUCAGAUUAAACCUUACAUUAACUGAU